GCACGCGUCGCGCUCGCAACAAAUAUAAUAUAGUGCCGUGAAAAGAAUAUUCGGAUGUCCGUACUAUUUCUGCCGCAGUGACUAAAUUUGAACUAUAUAACGUGUGCUAUAAAAUUGUGAAGGUUGUUUUCAAGUGUUUUUAGUGAUGUGAUUGUGCGCCGGAAUAGAUUUGUCAUUGGGUGUUUUUACAGGACAGGAGUAACAUUCGGAUUGGAAAAGAUUUAACACCAAUUUUGAAGAUGAGAUGAAAUCCCAAAAUGGUGACCGUAAGAUAGCAGCUGAAAAUGAAUAUUAAAUCAUUAGAGAACUCAAGAACUGAAGCUGUGAAGAAGAAAAUGUACAAUAAUCUCUCGAAACGUUUCGUGAAAGUUAUAAAUUCGUAAUAAUGUUCCGAGGAACGCCGGAUAUUUUCGUAAACGCCGACGUAAGGGGAAUAAAAAAAGGCAGAUAAAGACCGCCCCAUAUGGAUCGAGUAAACGGAACGAACGUCACGGCCAACGCGACCGAGGACUGGACCGGUAACGGAACGUCGUCGGAAUGGAGUUACGACGUGAUGUUCAAGUUGAGGACCAGCGUGCUGCUGCUGAUAGUAGUGAUGGCGGUGCUUGGCAACCUGCUGGUCAUCGUCAGUGUCAUGAGGCAUAGAAAACUCCGCGUCAUCACCAACUACUUCGUCGUGUCCCUGGCAUUCGCCGACAUAUUAGUGGCCAUGGUUGUAAUGCCAUUCAACUUCAGCGUUCAGUUCAACAACGGAUGGGUCUUCGGCGAGGUCAUAUGUGACCUCUGGAACUCCUCGGAUGUGUACUUUACCUCGACAUCGAUAUUACACCUGUGUUGUAUAUCCGUGGACAGAUAUUAUGCCAUUGUGAAGCCUUUGAAGUAUCCUAUCAAGAUGACGAAGAAGAUGGCAUUCGUGAUGUUAGCAGCUACAUGGCUUAGUCCGAUCACGAUAUCAUACGUGCCAAUUUUCAUGGGCUGGUACACAACCACAGAUCAUUUACUAAACCGUGAGAAAGACCAAUGUGAAUUCAAAGUGAACAAACCGUACGCUGUCAUAUCCAGUUCUAUAUCAUUCUGGAUACCUUGCACUAUAAUGAUAUUCACAUACUUAGCUAUAUUCAAGGAAGCGAAUCGCCAAGAGAAAGCGCUCCACGCCAGAGCUGGGAACGCCAUGUUAAUGCACAGACAUUCCCGGGAAGUCGGCGACAAAAAUGGUGCAUUACAUAUAAACGCGAACACUCCAACUAAGGACAGAAACAUCCUCAAAAUGAAGAGGGAACACAAGGCGGCUAGGACGCUAGGAAUCAUAAUGGGAGCUUUCAUACUCUGUUGGCUUCCCUUCUUUCUAUAUUACAUCUCAACAUCCCUUUGUGAUUCGUGCAAAUGUCCCGAUGUCGUGACUGUUAUCAUGUUUUGGACUGGCUACUUCAACUCUGCGUUGAAUCCAAUCAUCUACGCCUAUUUCAAUAGGGAUUUCCGUAACGCGUUUAAGAACACUUUGGCUUGUGCGUUCUGUAGUUUUUGUAGAAGAAGUGCAUCAGAUUUAGAUGCUAUGGAACGUUUAGAUAGGAGGGGUUCUGCGCAAUUAAGGGUCCCUAUACCGUCGAGACGAGCAUCGGAUCUCGCGUCCCUUUGAAAAGCGAAUCAAGUGACAGUAGUUUGAGGCCUAGUGAAUCUCAACGAAGUAUUUUAGGCCAAAUGUACUUAUUUCCAAAGUUGUGACUGAGUUUAGAAUUCUCUUUGUAUAAAUGUACAGUUAUUGGGUGUAAGUUUUAGUGUAUUUUUAAGAGGUGUGUUUAAAAAUAUGUUUGGUAAUAAAAUUUGGUUUAUAAAAUAUAAUUACAUUAAAACAGUGUAUAAAAGUUUAC